UUCUUUACCGGUUUUUUGUUGGUUAGAAACGGUAUUAAAGUGUUGAAUCAAACAGGUGCUGUAUUUUAGAAUAUUUAUGGACUUUUAACACCUGAAUAAGUUUUUUAAUUAUUAUUUUAUAAGUUGUAAUUUGUUUUUUAAAGUUCUUUGAGUGUGAAUUAAGAUAAAUUCAAUUAAUUAAUAGAUUAAUUUUUACCUCUGAUCGGACGCUAUGCAACAUUGAAAUUGUGGCGUCGGGUUCAUUGUGCAAAACUUAAGUGUAUUUUUUACCUUUGAGUGUCAAAAACAUUUUUGAUUUAAAAAAUGGGAGACGAUUUAAUUCGUGUGGCUGUGAGAAUUAGACCGCUUGUUUCGACAGAAAUAGAAAAAGGAUGUCAAGAAUGUUUGAGUGUAAUUCCUGGGGAAAAUCAAAUACAAAUAAAACCCACUGACAAAGCAUUUACAUUUAAUUAUGUUUUCGAUUCAGAUAUUGGUCAAACUGAAUUUUACAAUACGGCAAUUCAAAAAAUGAUAACUCAUAUUUUUCAAGGUUACAAUGUUACAAUUUUGGCUUAUGGACAAACUGGUAGUGGCAAAACAUAUUCAAUGGGUACAAAUUAUUCGGAAACUAAUGAAACAAAUGGAGUUAUUCCUCAAGCUGUUCAGGAUAUAUUUAAGACGAUAGAAGAGAAAAAAGAUUGGAAUUAUAAAGUUACUGUGGCGUUUAUGGAAUUAUAUCAGGAACAACUUUACGAUUUACUUGCGAAUAAACAACGAAAUCAAUGUAUUGUCGAUAUUCGUGAGGAUGCAAAAAAUAUUAAAAUUGUCGGUAUCACUGAAAGAACGGUGACAAAUUCACAGGAAACAUUACAAUGUUUGGCUGAUGGUUCACUUUGUCGUGCCACUGGUGCAACGGCAAUGAAUAGUCAAAGUAGUCGUAGUCAUGCAAUUUUCACAAUAUCCGUUCAUCAACAAAAGAAAGAUGAUCCAACAAUUGCAAGGACGGCUAAAUUUCAGUUAGUUGAUUUAGCCGGUUCGGAGAGAAGUAAAAAAACACAAGCAACUGGCGAAAGAUUCAAGGAAGGUGUAAAUAUAAAUAAAGGUUUACUAGCUCUAGGAAAUGUUAUUUCACAAUUAGGUGAAUGUGGCACUGCAUCUUACGUUGGCUAUCGUGAUAGUAAACUCACGAGACUUUUGCAAGAUUCCCUUGGAGGAAAUUCAAUGACUCUAAUGAUCGCUUGCGUGAGUCCCGCAGAUUACAAUUUAGAUGAAUCGUUAAGUACACUUCGAUACGCGGAUCGUGCGCGUAAAAUCAAGAACAAGCCGGUGAUCAAUCAAGAUCCACAAUUAGCGGAAAUAAAUCGAUUAAAAAAUAUUAUUCAAGAAAUGAAAGUUUCACGUUUGAGUCAAGAGAUUCAAGGUCUCGCGAGCUGUCCACCAGAGCAUCGGGAUUUAGAGGAGAAAAAUCAAUUGUUACAAAAAAAAUUAAGAGGCGUCACGGAGAAACUUAGCGCACAAUUAAUUGAAUUAAUUCACAUGCAUGAGCGCACUGAUCUUGCUGAACAAUCACGAGAAAAAAUGAAAGCUGGCAUGACAAAUAUAAUGGAUGAAUGUGACGAGCUUAUUAAAUCAUUCGAAAUCUCUCCAAAUGACACGGAGGAACAUCACAAGAAACUUCAAUCAAUUCGUUUAAAAAUUCUCAAUUUACAAAACAAUCAAAAGAAAACCGAGGAGGAUUUAGUGAAUCAUGAUUUAACAAUGGGUUCACAACAAUCGAUGCAAAUGAAAAUUGAAGACGAAGAAGAGGAAAAUAAUAUUGCAAAUGAUACUUAUGAUCUUGAUGAAAAACACGAGGAACAUACUUUACGUCAAGCGCAAACAAUCGAUCAAGUACAAACAAUAACUCGUGAACUUGCAAUUAAAGAAGAAUUAGUCUCAAAAUUAUUACAAAAUGUUGCUGAAGACGCGGCACAAUUAUAUUCAGUUCACGAAAUGGAGAAUGAAAUAACAAAAUUAAACGCUGAAAAAGAAGAAUUACAACAACAAUUAAAUAGUGCACAAAAUAAUAAAGUUGCCGCCCGAUUAGCUGAGACAAGACGAAAAAAAGUACAAGAAUUGGAGAAAAAAAUUAUUGAUCUUCAACGCAAAUGUACGGAACAAAAUAAAGUUAUUAAACAAAAAGAGAAAUCCGAUCAACAAAUAAAAAAUUUAUCCAAUGAAAUAAAUUCAAUGAAACAAACAAAAGUGAAAUUAAUAUUACAAAUGCGCACCGAAACAAGUCGUUUUCAUAAAUGGAAAAUUUCACGUGAACGUGAAUUAUCAAAAUUAAAAGAUCAAGAUCGUAAACGUGUAAAUGAAAUGAAAAAACUUCAAACACAACAUAAUAAACAACAAAAUGUAAUGAAACGAAAAAUGGAGGAGGCACACGCUGUUAAUAAACGAUUAAAAGAGGUAUUAGAAAAACAGAGGAAAGUACAACAGAAACGUUCGGAAAAAGGAAAUAAUAAAGAACACAUUCAAUCGUGGGUUUCACAGGAAUUGGAUGUUCAUCUUAGUACUAUUGAUGCUGAAUGCUCAUUAGAAAGAUUAAUGCAAGAGCGUGCACUUUUAGUUAAUCAAUUGAAAGAACUUCGUGACAAUAAAUAUGAUGGGGAAAUUUUCCAAAAACAAGAAACUGAACUUGUCGAAUUCAUUGAAUUAAGAAAUACACAAAUUUCUGAUUUUCAACAAAAAAUCGUCGAAUCUGAUCAAGAAAAUCAAGCCAGUAAAAGAUGGCAAAGUUUGAUUUCAAUUAGAGAUGCAAAAUUAGCUCUCAAUGCUGUAUUUGAACUCUCAGCUGAAGAUAGAAAGAAAACCUUUGGACUUAAAUGUGAAAUUAAUGAUUUGAAGGAUGAAAUCGAUAAAUUAAAGGACACAUUGAGAAUGCAAGAAAAUCGUGAAAAACAACAGAAAAUCAUGAUGAUGUACAAUUCACCGGCACCGGUGAAAAAAGAAAAUCCUAAAGAGCAAGAGGAUAUUGAAUUUUAUAAAAACCGUUGCAAUGAACUUGAAACUGUUUUACAACAUUCUAUGAAGCAAAAAACAAAGAUGAAAAAGAAGCCCAUACCAGGCACUCCAAAUUAUAAUGAUUUUUUGUUCUCAGACGACAGUAUUGCCGACGACGAUGUUGAAAAUGAUCCCGAUUGGACAAAAACUCCACUUUAUAGUAGAAUACAAAAACUCAUGAACACUACAAAAAAUAUAAACCCUGAAAAUCGUGCAGCACCAAAAAGAUCAUCAGAGGGAGAAAUUAAAUGUGCUUGCAAAACAAAGUGCUCAACUCGUUUGUGCAGUUGUCGGAAAAAUGAAUUAGCUUGCAGUAAUUGUAAUUGCAAUCCUGAAAAUUGUCAAAACAAAAUUGUCGAUAGUACUCGUCGUGCCUUGUUUUCAGAUUUAUCUAAAGAACAUACCACCGAAGAUUCAAAACGACCACGGUUAGCUGUUUUACAAAAUUCAAGCCCCCAAGAUUCUGAUACGUCUUGAUUUCAUUUUAAGAUUAUUCAAUUCAUUAAAUUGUAUAAAUCGAAACAGAAAAUUAAUCAUAAUAAGUAAUUAAUUAAUGUUUAAAUUUACUUUUUCAUUAAUUAGAAUAGAUUUUAAUUAUUUUUACAAUAAGAAAUAAUAUUUGUUUUUUCAAACUGAGAAAUUAAUUAAAAAUUAAUUUACUCUACAAAACAAGGUGCAAAAAUUUAUUUAUUAAUUGCAAUAGAAUUUUUAUUCUCUUUUCUUUUUAUUGAAAAUAAAUUGUUUAAAAGUGAUUAUUCUUAAAAAGAUUUUGAAAUAUUUUCAAAAGAGAAAUUUUUGAAAUUUUUAUCUUUAUUUUCCGUUGUUUGAUUGUGUUUAAUUAUAAUUUUCCAUCUAAGUGUGGUUUCAGAGGAAUCAUCUGUAAUAUUUCGAUCGGAAUAAAUUUUCUCACACGAAUCAGAGGAUGUAAAAAUUUGUGAUUUAGAUUUCAUUGUAUUCUUUUUCAAUUGUAAAUUUGAUGCUUUAUAAUGAACUUCAACUGGAGCUUCAACAAAUUUUAUUUUGGAAAUAA